AUGCUUUCCACAACCAUUUAUCGUCGUUCAUUUUCUGUCCUUUCCCGAUCAAGAGCUAAAAGAAGUUUUACUCCAUCUGACAGUUCAGUCGAAUCAGAUGAAAUCGUAAGUGAAAACAACCCUUGGUCUCCUACCUUAGAAGAUGAUCCAGUUUACGUACAAGAACGCAACAAAUUUCGUAAGACGAAAUUGCCAGAACAGUAUAGGCUAGCCUAUCUGCCACUCUACGAGGCACCAGCAUCGAAAUAUGUGUCCAUGCUAAAGAGAUUGACUUUGAGUGUUGGCGUUUUGGGUGUUUAUGGUGCUAAACUAUUCUACGAAUCAAGCCAGUUCGACGACUUGUAUGCCUACGCAACUUUGGCAGGAACGUUUACCCCAUUGGCAGUGGUACAGUAUAAGACGAAAGAUUAUGUGACAAGAAUAUUUAGGUUGUACGACAAAACAAAACCACAAACUUUAGAGAACCUCGUCGGUGAUGAAAAGUUGAUUUUGGAAAAGCUAAACUUUACUGGAGGAAGUACAUACAACGAGUUGUUGACUAUAACAGACAACAAGGACUUGAAACUACUGCCACCACCGAAAACGUACUUGCCAUACUCUACAUGGAGGGAAUCAAGCGGCAGCACCACUAGAGACUUUUAUGUGAUGGAUAACAUUGGUGGAAUAAGAAUGGAUAGAAUAUGGGGAUUGAUUGAAAAGAAUAGCCAAAUAAACAAUGGAAGGUCCAAUUGGUAG